AUGGAUCCUAAACUUUGGUUGCUUGUAGAAUAUGUCGAAGAUAAAAGUGCGUUUUCUAAUUAUGGCGUUAUAAAUACUAAUAAUAUCAUCCAACACGAGGCCGAUCUUAACAAUGGGAAUGCUAUUUUCGUCAGAGAUAAAAACAAUGGUGCACUCAAGGACCAAGUACUUAGGAUAUCUGAAAGCAAACGAUACGUAAAGGAUUUCAAAAUAACGUUGGAGAGACAAGACAAUCAAGUGAAGAAUGUCGUUACUUUGUGCAUGAAUACCAUCAAAGAAACGAAGACUGGCCAACUGUUAUUAGACCAUCAGGAAGGACGAUCUUUGAAUGCCUUAAAUAGAACAUGCAAGCUUCAGAACAAGUUGAAACGAGUUCGAGUGAUAGCCAUAGUGAUGAAGAGUGCCAGCAAGGUUAUGGUCUUAUAUGGAUUGGAAAGAAGCGAAAGUCCACAAAAAAAGAAAAUAUCGACCCAGAAUUUGCAUUCACCGAGUACUAGCCCUAAAGCUAAAACAAUCGCUGAGCGAAAAUCGUGGAAGUUGUCGCCAGGAAGGAAAAACCGAAAAACCAGUCCAGUCCCCAAUGCGAAAAUAACAUACAAUGUAGCAAGCCAAACGAAUAUCGUAGUAGAUAUACCUAAUAAGGAAAAAAUGGGGAAAGUAAUUAAAGAAUUACAUUCCAAAAUCGAGGUUCUGGAAGCGGAACUUCAAACCAGAGAGCCAGAGACCCUCUCAGUUCCAGAAGCCACUCGAACAAAUGACUGA